CCGCAGUGAAGAAGGAGAAGCUGCUGAGUUUUCCGGACUGAGACCGUGUUAGGAAACGUGGCCUUAUGAGAGACUCGUGUUUGUGUCGUUAAUCUUCUGCGUUCAGCUCCAGCUUUGUUUCCGUCUCCGUCAUGGCUGAUGUGCAGCAGCACGACUCCGCGUUAUCGCCGCUGGACGCACCGAACGGAACCGACAACGGAACCGACACCGGAACCGCGGCCCGGUUCGUGGCCACAGCCGAAGGGACAGCGCUGGCUUACGGCAGCCUGGUGCUCAUGGCGCUGCUGCCCAUCUUCUUUGGAGCUCUGAGAUCCGUCAGCAGCUCAAAGAGCAAGAACUCUUCAGACAUGCCUGAGACCAUCACAAGCAGAGAUGCUGCUCGUUUUCCCAUCAUUGCCAGCUGCACUCUGUUCGGGCUUUAUCUCUUCUUCAAGAUUUUCUCCCAAGAGUACAUCAACUUACUGUUAUCUAUGUACUUCUUCGUUCUGGGGAUUUUAGCUUUGUCACACACAUUGAGUCCCUUCAUGACCAGGUUCCUUCCUGCUAAUCUGCCUAAUAAACAGUUCCAGCUGCUCUUCACUCAGGGCGCCGGAGAGAACAAAGAAGAAAUUGUGAACUACGAGUUUGACACUAAAGACCUGAUUAGUUUGGGAAUCAGCAGCGUGGUGGGAGUGUGGUACAUCCUGAAAAAGCACUGGGUGGCUAAUAAUCUGUUCGGAUUGGCUUUCGCUCUGAACGGAGUGGAGCUGCUUCACCUGAAUAACGUUAGCACUGGCUGCAUCCUGCUCGGGGGACUGUUCAUCUACGACAUCUUCUGGGUGUUUGGCACUAAUGUCAUGGUGACGGUGGCCAAGUCCUUCGAAGCGCCAAUCAAGUUGGUCUUCCCUCAGGACCUUCUGGAGAGAGGACUGAGUGCCAGUAACUUUGCCAUGCUGGGACUCGGAGACAUCGUUAUUCCAGGAAUCUUCAUUGCUCUGCUGCUUCGUUUUGAUGUCAGUUUGAAGAAGAAUACACGGACAUAUUUCUACACCAGCUUUCUGGCCUACAUAUUCGGCCUUGGCCUCACCAUCUUCGUCAUGCAUACGUUCAAGCAUGCACAGCCUGCACUGCUGUACCUGGUCCCGGCGUGUGUGGGCUUCCCAGUGAUGGUGGCUCUGGUGAAAGGGGAACUGACUGAGAUGUUCAGGUAUGAAGAAGCUUCCCCUGAGUCAGAGGCAUCAAAUAAAGAAGAAAAAACAGAAUCCGAUAAAGACAAAUAAAUCUGAAGGAAAGCGUCACUUCCCCUCCGUCACUUCCCGUUUUUCACCACUGUAUUACCAGGUUCCACCACCAGGGGUCAGCCGACUCUCUCGUGAUCCCUCUCUCUUUCCCAGUGUGUCCUGGAUUAAAAGAUGGCUGUUUUUUUUUUUCUUGUAGUUUCUAAAUGUUUGUAAAACAUGAUGUUGUACAACAGCUUUACUCUGUGUGUGUAUUCCUCUUUAUUACUCUCUCUGGCUUUGUGUUGAGUUUUUAUUCAACUUUAUUUUGUUUAUUUGAAAUUAUUUGGAAUUAAUUUUAUUGGCUGUUUCUUUAGGAUUGUGCAGAAGCACAGAGUUUAGUCCGAUAUCUGAGUUUUAAUGCAGCAGUUUAACGAUCUGCGGUGUCUCUUUAACCCAGACGUCUUUGCUCAGUCAGGACGUGUUCAGUGUCUGAUGUUCACUGAUCUGACCGGUGAUGAAAGUCUGAACGCUUUUCACUUUAGAGGACGUUACUGAACUCUGGAGAUGGUUAAGUCUUUCAAAUCUAGGGGUGUGGCCUGUGGAGUGGGCGGAGCUUGUCCUCAACAUUUCAGGUACAGUGUUCUAUACAGUGAGGUUUAGGUGUGUGUGUUUUUCUCAGACUUAAAAGACCUGAACAUCUCUCAUCUGAUUAAAUACAUAUAUCACCAUAGUUCAUUAAAUCACCUGCACAGGGACCAACAUUGACAUUUCCUGUCUUUAGAAAAAUAUAACACAAAAUUCUUCCUGCUGAUUAUUUAAACCAAAUCUAACCUGCAGCAGAUGAAGAGGUUUUGGACCCCGAGUGUGACCGAUGGAUUGAGUGUUGAGAUGUGAAAUUGGACUUGAGAUCAGAUCUCUGAGCUCAGUGAGGUUUCUAUAAGGUUUCUUCUUCUUCUUUGAGGAACAUAAAGUCUUUUAUUCGUGUUUUAUUUUUAUUUUUUUGCAAUAAAUUGUGGUUUUUACCACUGUAGAGAAGCAUGAA